AUGCUGCGCACCUACGUCCGCAACACGUACACCCACCACCUGUCCGAGAUCUUCUCCACGGUGGUCAACGAGUACACGGACUGGGAGCGCACGGCGCUGCACCCCAUCAACACCCGGGACGCGACGGUGGCGGCGCUCAGCGACGCGCAGUUCGUGGCGCCGCUGGUGCAGACGGGCGACGCCAUCUACCGCGUGGGGCCCGCGUCGCCCGUGUCCAACAGUGGCCCCGCCGGCGGCCCCGUCGUGCCCAUCGCCAGCUCCGGUGGCAUGGGGGCCAUCCUGCGCACCGACGGCACCGGGCCCUUCUUCUACGUCUUCGACUACCAGACCAAGGAGGGCGACUACCCGCAGAAGCUGGGCCCCGCGCACGGCGAGGAGCUGGCCUACGUGUUCGGCGCGCCGCUCGCCGCCACGGUGCGCGCCUUCCCGUCCAACUACACCAAGGCCGAGGUGGCGCUCGCCGAGGCCGUCAUGACCUACUGGACCAACUUCGCGCGCACGGGGAACCCGAACCAGGCGACGCCGGGGCAGCACGACCGCGAGGGCAAGGAGCGCGGCAAGCAGCGCGGCGCCGUCGGCUGGGACGAGUACGACGCCGGCCACCAGAAGUACCUGGAGAUAGGUCUGAAGCCGCGCAUGAAGAACCACUUCCGCGCGCACAAGAUGUCCAUCUGGCUGCGCCUCAUCCCCGAGCUGCACCGCGCCGGCCAGGAGGACGUGGUGGCGCGGCACAACCUGUUCCGGAACCACAACGAGUCCUCGCUCUACGACGGCAUCGUGCGCCCCGACCCGCUCGGCAGGGCCUACGCCUUCGGCCCCAUGGGCUCCCUGGACCCCGCCGACGAGACCGGCCUGCUGGGCGGCCGGCACGGCAACGCCACGCCGCGCCUGAGCGACGUCUUCCUGCCUGUGACCAUGCCCACCUGCCUCAACAUGACGGGCUCCUACCACGCCUUCGGCAACGGCAGUGGUGCGGCCGGGGGCGCGGGGGGCGGCGGCGGCGGCCACCACGGCAUGGGGGACAUGAUGGAGCCCGAGGGGCUGGCGGCGUACUCCACGGCGCUGGGCGUCACCCUCGCCAUCGGCUGCUCCCUGCUCGUGCUCAACGUCCUCAUCUUCGCCGGGGUGUUCUACCAGCGGGACCGGACCCGGCUGCAGGUCAAGAGCCUGAAGCAGCAGCAGCGGAUACGCGGCGCCUGCGAGGACCUGGCCGGCGGCAGCGGCGGCGAGAAGCACUCGGCCGAGAAGCAGUUCCCCCACCUGCGGCACUCUUUCUCGUCGAGCGUCAUCGUGGACAUGGAGCGCGAGAAGACAGCGUGCGGCGGCCAGCAGCAGCAGGUGCUGCACUGCGACAAGUCGCCCGUGGCGAGCAUGAAGUCCUCCAAGAGCGGCGGCGGGCUGUCGGCCGGGCUGGCCGUGUACACGGGGCAGCCGCCCAACUACACGUCGUACCUGCACCAGGUGGCCGACUACUCGGGCGGCCACGGCAGCUCGGCCGGCGACGACAUGAUGCUGAGGCACUCGUUCCACAGCUCUACGUUCCGGGACGGGCCGAGCCAGGCGCACGGCCAGCACCAGCAGCACCAGCAGCACCAGCACCGAGGCACGGCCACGCUGCCCAGGAACAUGGGCGUGCUGGGCAAGGCGCAGGAGGGCGUGACGCUGGGCGUGGUGGGGCCGGGCCCCAACGUGGUGCAGCCCAACGGGUGCGCCGGCCAGCCGCUGCACCACACGCUGCCGAGGCCGCCGCCGCCGCCACGCGUCAACAGCAGAGCCAGCGACCCCGGCGACCCGCAGAGGGACCUCCGGCUGCCCCAGGCCGCCCUCAGCGAGAUGCGGGUGUGAAGGCCGUGAAGGCCGU